AUGAGGACUAGCGACAUGAAAGACAAGCCAACAGAUACGCAACUACCAGAGGAAUGGGCUCCAUGGGUUCCUCGGGCUGGCUUUGGAACCGAGGACACGGAGGGCACUGUUCAUCCCGCGCAGUCUUUGAGCUCGUUCAACCAGCUUUACCAGUUCUUCCGUACUCUGAACCAAAGUGUCGAGUCUGGAACAGCAGCACCGCAAAUUGGCGCCGCAAAUCUGGUUCAAGUCCUUGACAGUCGCUUUUCGUUUUGCAACUCCGUUGUCUUCGGAGCCUCGACAAUACCCAAACUCCCUUCAGCAUAUUUGAUACAGGCAACCUUCCUUGGUGCCACGCUGACAUUGAUGGCCGAUGCGCGAGUAUCGCUGAUAUGGAGUCUGAUGGAGGUUCUAGAGAAUUCCAUCGCCCAUUUCGGCGCCGCCGGUGUCUCGCCGCUCCUUGUCACGUACAUGAGCAUCGCCAAUACCAAGAGCUGCGUGAAAGCUCUACGGGACGAUGACAAAGCCAGAUGGAAUUCCCUUAUGGAAGACUUGAUAUCUGUCUGGCAAGAUCGGACGACCAACUUAGAGUCUUCCGCCUUCGAUGCCGAAACAGGCGGCAAAACGCCGACCCAGGCCGAGCAAUCGGCCACGCAGUUUCCGCAGCCUACUUCACGCCAAAACCCCCACUACCCGCAGUUCCCUAUGAACACAGAUACUUAUCACCAAAACCCCAAUGGCUUCCUACCAACCGCGUCGUCGGCUAGUCCUUCGACGGCCAGAACGAUGCCUUUUACCCCAGGAAGUCAGCUGGACGCAUUCCCCUCGGGAUUUAUGGGACAUCUUUCUUCCGCUCAAGCACCAUACCUGAUGGGACAAGGGGCCCAUGGCGUGGAUUACGACGCCAUUAUGGACGAACUGGCCUCCAUAGACUGCACAGAUAGCAUGGAGGCCGAUCCGCAGUUCAUGGCCAAUCUCGGCUUCGCCCCAGGUUCAGACUUGACGGACAUGUUGCGGGGAGAAUAUGGGGGGAUGUGA